AAGAAAUCAACAAAAAAUAAAAGCUAUGGCAAAGUACACUGCUUUUCUUGCCCUCCUCAUUUGCCUCUUCCUUGUUGCUGCAACUGAAAUACAAAUGGUAGAAGGAAAAUACUGUUGGAAAAAGAGUGGCAAGUGGAAUGUAGCUUGUAAGUACUCUUACAAAUGUAGCUAUCAUUGCAAGCACUACUAUGGAGCUAAAUAUGGUAUUUGUAAGAAGUACAAACCAUGGGGUCACAAAUAUUACUGGGCUAAAUAUGCUUGCUACUGCUACUCACCUUGCCAUUACUAAUCAACUUUCAAUAUCAUAUGUCUUCGCUUUGACUAUGUAAACAAAUAAUUAAGAAGCUACCUAUUUUAUGCGUGUAACAAUGUAAUAAGGCUGAUUUAUAUGUGCAACUAUUUUGGCCAAGCUUUGUGUGAUGAAUAAAUGUAUUGUGUAUAUUUUUCAAUGAGUAUUAAUUGAUGUGAACUAUGAUAUUUUCUAUAUAAA